AUGGAGGCAAAGAGAUUGGCCCUUGAAGGCCAGGCGCGCUCCGUUGAAAAAACAAUCAACUCCAAGUCUUCGAGCCAUGCAGCCCUGGAGGCUACCAUCAGAAGUGCCGAGUUGUAUUUUCAAGCCUUGCGUUUAGCCGACACGCCAUCAGACCGUAAGAGGAUUGACGCGAGGUGUAAGGAUCUCCUCGCACAGGCCGAGAAUCUCAAGAAAUCUCAAGAAGAUGCUCCUAGACCUACUGUGAAAAAGUUGGUUCUUAAAGUACCAACUUCUACGCGAAAACUAACUACGCGAGAAAACAUCAUCAUCCUCGAAGGAUCCAAGUUGAAUGGGUUCAUCUUCAAACCUUGGCUUGCUUCUCCUAAUGCAGAUGAAUUCAAACUCGGUAGCGGGGAGAUACCUUUCACAGACACUACCCCCUUACCACUUUCUCUAGGUCAACUAGAAACAUUUGAUGGGUGGAAACGACCACAAGAUGCUCUGGCUUCACUCAAAGUUAACGUUAGCCCCACUGGGCAACCUCUUCCUGCGGAAGCAGUCAUGCAUAUCCCGGAAGAGAUGGAUCUUGUUCAAGAUAUGACUUCUGAUUGCUCAGUCGUGGCAAGCUUGUGUGCUGGCACAUCUAGGGUUGAAAGGGGGCAUCCCAAGAUCAUCCGAUCUAUUGUAUACCCCUAUGACUAUGAAAACGACUGUAUCUCCCUCUCGCCCAAUGGCAAAUAUAUUCUAAAACUAUAUUUCAAUGGGUGUUGGAGAAGAGUCGUGAUUGACGACUACUUGCCCACUUCGAAGACCGCUCGAGUGCUCCAUGUGAUUGAUCGUCGGCAUCCAGGAUUACUGUGGCCAGCAUUAGUUGAGAAGGCGUAUCUCAAAGUCCGUGGAGGCUAUGAUUUUCCUGGCAGCAACUCCGGGACCGACUUGGCAGUUCUAACAGGGUGGAUUCCACAGCAAAUAUUUCUCCACGAUGAAGACGUUGAACCGGACCAUUUGUGGGAAGACAUCGCCACUCAUUUUGAAGACGGCAACAUCUUGCUCACCAUCGGUACGGGGAAACUCCCCCGCCGUGAGCAAAGACAUCUCGGUUUAGCAGCGGAGCAUGAUUACGCAAUCCUGGAGAUUGCUGCAAGUGGGGGCACCAGAGAGAUGCUAGUGAAGAAUCCAUGGGCUGACGGCGAUGUCUGGAAAGGCGCCACUCGUCGCAAGCCGAACUGCACUGACGAGAACUCUUCGAAUGGUGUGCCUACCGAUGAGAGCAUGAUGCCUGGUACGUUCUGGAUCGAUUUCAACAAUGUAUUUCAGUAUUUUGAAAACAUGUACAUCAGUUGGAAUCCCGGCCUGUUCUCUCAUCGGCAAGACCUUCAUUUCUCUUGGGAUCAAGCACAAUCGAGGUCAAUCGACAACAUUUUUGUCGAUAAUCCACAAUUUGCUGUCGCCUCUAGCGCUACAGGCGAGAUAUGGAUACUUCUGACUCGACACUUUAGAACAGGUGAUUACACGCAGGCUACGACUGGGAGAAAUGGGUACAUCAGCCUUUACCUUUAUGACCGCAAUGGGUACAAAGUCAUCUCGAGCUCGGGCGCAAAACGGCGAGGUCCAUUCGUGGACUCCCCAAACACACUUCUAAGGUUCAACAACUCUGCGAAGAUGCUAUAUACCGUUGUUGCGGUUGCUCAAGACCUUCCUCCUGGCAAAAUGAAUUUUACUCUGUCAGUGUUUUCCAAAUCCCAGCUUACUUUGUCGGAAGCUCAACUCCAAUAUCCCCUUAAAACCACCAUUGCUUCUGCUUGGACCAGAUCAACAGCUGGCGGGAAUUCAGAUUCAUCCCACUAUCUGUCCAAUCCGCAAUUUCGCCUAACCUUGACGAGACCGCAAAAAAUUGCCCUUGUAUUGCGUGUUCCGAAGAUGGCGCCGGAGAAGACUAGCGAACCAUCCGAAGUUCAUAUCAAAUUAUUAGUUGUCUUCACCGAAGGCUCUAGAGUUACUCGCCUGCGAUUGCGGGAUGUACAAGCGCACUCCGGGGACUAUCGGCGUGGGAGCGCCAUUGUCGAAACCGAGCUGGGCCGCGGAAACUACAGCAUCAUUUGCUCCACAUAUGACCAAGAUCAGCAUUCUGGCUUUACCCUUGACCUUUAUUCGUUGGAAACUGGCUCGCCUCUGGUGCCUCUUCCUGCCGAUGGCAGCGGCAGACUCAGCAUCAGGUCUGGUGCUGCAGUGUUCAGCAAAGGAACCGACCGAGUUCUUGCGCCUCUAACAGUAGCAAGAAUGACUCGUAUCACCUUUGUUGCACGCCACGAAGGCCCGCUAAUUCCCCAAUCAUCCCUGUUCAAAAUGACAGUAGAACAGGGCCAAGGACCUUACAAGCAAAUUCUCGCCAGUAGUGAAUUCGACAGUGAGGAGUUCAGCAGCGUGGCAUCUGGUCUCCGCGUUGGAGAUCUUGACCUUCAACCUUCGAUGUGCGCUCAUGAAACUGGCGGGCUGUGGCUCGUCCUUGAGCGUCUACCGCAGGGCCAUGGUGCGGAGGAAAGAUCGAGAGAUGAGAUCCUCAACGUUGAAAUGUUCACGGACGAGCGGAUUGACGUUGGCGCCUGGGGCCGCGGUGAAGGCUGA